AAUAAAUCAAAUAAAAAAUAGUUUAGUAAGAAAUCUCGACAAUAUUAUUUUAGCAUAAGAGUUGCUGAUAUUGUGUCGUAAAAUUAUUUAAUAUUUAAUAACAUCUAUUAAAAUGACUUCAUCAGCACCACCCCAGAAUCCUCAAAAACAAUUCUCAUUAGUACCCAAAAUUAUCAACGGUGGAAUCGCAGGUAUUAUCGGUGUGUCAUGCGUAUUCCCUCUUGAUUUAGUCAAAACUCGCCUGCAGAAUCAACAGGUCGGACCUAAUGGCGAAAAAAUGUACAAAAAUAUGUUUGACUGCUUUAAGAAAACGUACAAGGCUGAAGGCUACUUUGGAAUGUAUCGUGGUUCAGCAGUGAACAUUCUUCUUAUCACUCCUGAAAAAGCCAUAAAACUUGCUGCCAAUGAUUACUUUCGUCAUCAUUUAACAACCAAAGAUGGUCAGUUGCCAAUAACAAGACAAAUGGCUGCUGGAGGUCUUGCUGGCUUAUGUCAGAUUGUUAUUACCACUCCAAUGGAGUUAUUAAAGAUUCAGAUGCAAGAUGCUGGAAGAGUUGCCGCUCAAGCGAAAGCAUCUGGAAAGACAAUACCGAAGACAUCAGCAACAAAAAUUGCAAUGGAAUUGCUUAAGCAAAAAGGAAUUGCUGGUCUUUACAAGGGAACUGGUGCAACUGCUUUACGUGAUGUAAGCUUCUCAAUCGUUUACUUCCCAUUGUUUGCAACGCUCAACCAAUUUGGACCGAGAAAAGAUGAUGGAAGUGGAGAUGCAGCAUUUUACGUGUCGUUCUUUUCUGGAUGCGCUGCUGGAUCAUUUGCAGCUUUAGCUGUUAAUCCAUUUGAUGUUGUUAAAACUCGUCUUCAAGCGCUUAAGAAAGCUGAAGGCGAAAUGGCUUUCAAUGGCGUUGCUGAUUGUAUAACGAAAACAUUGAAGCACGAAGGAAUAACUGCUUUCUUCAAAGGUGGACUUUGUCGAAUGAUUGUCAUCGCGCCACUCUUUGGAAUCGCUCAAAUGGUUUAUUUCCUUGGAGUAGCCGAACGGUUAUUGGGGAUUCAAAAGCAUCAGUAAAAAACGAUUUAAUGAUAAAUUAUAAAUGGAUUGCAAAAGAUCCAUGAAAGAAUAGAAAGAAUGGCUUUUGCGUGCGUCUCAUGUUAUGCUGUAGUUGUCACACGAUAAUGAUGAUGGUUUUUAUUAUUCAAGAAACGUUUUUAUGUUUAAUUUUAAUUGACGCUUUUAAGGAUAUUCAAGACGAUUCCAUUCCAGUAUUUUUUCUUUGCUUUCAUUGUCACAUUAUAUUCCUUUUCCUUCUUAUUUCCUCUGCUCUUGACGUUCUACUACAUUUAUUUUUAUGACAAACCAUCCUUUUUAUAUCUACUGAUGAUGAGAAAAAACAUGCAUGACACACGAUACAAAUCAUGAUUCUACUUCCAUUAUAAUCUUUGUCUGACUUUUUUCUUAUUAUUUAGUAUUUUACUUAGAUAUUAACACAAAUUGUUUAUUUUGUUUUCGAGUUUAUCACCAUCACUGAUUACAAAUCUACAGCACAUUAACAUUUAAAACUUUAUAUAAUUUUAUGUUUCUUUAGCAUCUUUUGUUAUUUUUAUUAUUAUUAUAUUUUGAUGUUGAAUAAUGUCGAAAAGAAAAGUAAUUAUGUUAAAGUUCCGACUUUGUCGUCGCAGAAAUUGUGUAGAAAAGAAUUAAAAAUCAAUUAUGAUAAACAGGAUAUCAACGAAGACAAUAAGAAAUAAAAUCCUAUUAGAUAAGACAAAAAAUAUAUUAAUAAUAGUUGUUAAAUGGACUGUAUUGACGUAUUAAAAAUUAAUUAAAAAAUUAAAUAGUUAAAUUUUGGAAUCUUGAAGAACGAACCUUGGUUAACUGAGUCGUGAGUAAAAUAAGAAAUCUUGACUCAGCUAAAAUUGUUUUUAAAUGUUUUGCAAGUUCAUUAAGUUUUCAAUUUUCCCCCUAAAGUUUUAUACAUCAAAACUGAUUUGAAUAUUUUUUGAAAGGGAAAAUAUUAAAGUAUUUAAUCUCAUAAAGAUCAUUGAAAUGCAAUGGAAAAGGGAAGAAAGAGGAAACCAUAACAGUUUUUCGUAAAAUUUACAAUUUGAUUGUUAACAGCGUCCAUAAAAAAGAAGUAGAUGAAAUGUCAAGUCAAAUUACAUAAAUUUAGCAACAAUGAAGUAAAAGGCAUAAAAUAUACAUAAAAG